AUGCCCUCCAUGUCUCCUAUGGCAGAACCUCACGUCCUAAACCAGAUCAUCAUCUCGCCCUCCGACACCGACUACCUAGAUCAGCUCAUCCCCUCCAUUCGCGAUUACAGUGUCGGCAAUCGUACGCCACAGUUGCUGCAGUCACUCUCUCGGUUUGCGACCGACAAGGAGGCCGAAAUUGAGAGCAUAUGUAAUACCAAUCACCAGGAGUUCGUGUCGUCGGUCAACUCCCUGCUUCGAAUCCGGGAAGGGACAGUUAGCUUGACGGCCGAGAUCUUGGACCUCAACCAGUCCAUCCAAACGAGCACCGAACGGCUCGCUGAGCAGAAGAAGGCCCUGGUGGAUUCGCGCGGCCACCGACAGAAUAUCGACGAGACAUCGCGCGCCAUUCGAGACUGCCUGGAGGUGUUGCGCCUGGCCAAUCAAGUCCACGACUUGCUGGCGAAGAAGAAUCACUAUGCUGCACUGCGUGCACUGGAGGAGUUGCAAAAUGUUCAUCUGAAAGGGGUCACCCAGUACAAGAUUGCGGUGAUGAUUCAGCGCUCGGUGCCGGCCACUCAGCGUGCGAUCGCCGAGGCGGUCAUGUCCGAUCUAAACACCUGGCUGUAUCGCAUCCGGGAGAUGUCGCAGUAUCUUGGGGAGAUUGCACUCUUCCACACCGAUCAGCGGAAAUCACGCUUGAAGCAAAGAGCGGAGAAGAUUCCGUACCUUGAGCACUUCAAUCUCAACUCUGCAAUUGAACUUGUAGCGGACGAAGACGAGGAGUACGACCUCCUACAUAACGAAGAUCUCCAAGUGGACUUUACACCGCUGUUUGAAUGCCUGCACAUUCACCAGUCACUGGGGCAAAUGGACAAGUUCCGGAUUGAGUAUGCCAACACUCGUCGUCGGCAAAAAGAUCUCUUACUUCCAUCUUCUAUCACUCUCAUCGAUGAAGACGGCGCAAGCUUGCAUAAUUUGCUCGAGGAAAUGGCAGGGUUUGCGAUUGUCGAACGAGCAACUAUGAAACGGGUCCCGGACCUGAGAUCAUCCGUUGACAUUGACGAACUCUGGGACUCCAUGUGUCAAGCCGCAGUCGGUGUGAUAUCCAAAGCCUUGCACGAAGUGGACAACGCCGAGAGUAUCCUCAAAAUCAAGAAUUUGAUUGCUUUGUUCAUGCAGACAAUGAAUACAUGGAAUUUCCCGGUCGGUGUGUUUGAUGACUUCCUAUUGAAGCUUUUCGAAAAGUACGCCGAGCUCUUGAAGAGGAGAUUUAGCGAUGAUUUCCAAGAAAUCGUAUCAACGGAUGAUUACAUGCCCAUGCCAAUACAGACCUUGGAAGAGUAUGAAAAGGUACUCAACGUGAGCUGGUAUAGCCCCGAAAAGCCACAUGAGGAGCAAGUCUUCCCCUGCAUCUUACCAUUCUCGAGGAUGUAUCCGCUGUGUUGCAUCGACAUUCGGAAUUUCUUAAACCAGUUUUACUUCUUCGCGAAUGAUGACUUCUCCCAUUCCGAUGUGAUCGAUGACACAUUAAAGGAUGCACUGGAUGACCUUCUUUCGCGGAAAGUAUGCGACACGCUGGUUGAGCGACUUUCCUCGCAGUACUUGGGCCAGAUUGUGCAGAUUCUCAUCAAUUUAGAACAUUUUGAGCUGGCUUGUCGAGAGCUGGAGUUACUUCUGGCGGCUGCAAGGUCGCAAAAUUCCACGGGUACCUCGAUUGCUCUAAAGGCCACUGAGAAGUUCCGAAAUAAUAAGAAAGCCGCCGAAAAGCGCAUUUUCGAAGUCGUCAACUCCAAAAUCGACGACCUCAUCGAGACGGCAGAAUACGAGUGGAUGGGGCUCAACCCUCCCACCGAGCCUAGCAAUUACAUGCAAACCCUGACUCGAUUCCUGUCCAACAUCAUGAACUCUACUUUGCUUGGGCUGCCGACUGAGAUCAAAGAGUUGAUCUACUUUGAUGCUCUCAGCCACGCCGCAAACAUGAUCCUGGCUCAACCGCUCGCACCGGAGGUGAAGAGCAUCAACCCUCACGGAGUGACUGCAUUGGCAAAGGAUGUGGAAUACCUUGCGCAAUUCGUGGACAGUUUGAAUGUCCCUAUUCUGCGCGAAAACCUUGAUGAGUUGCAACAAACAGUACAACUCAUGCAGGCCGAUAACGCGGAUGAAUUUUACGAUGUCUCCACCCGGAACAAGAAGUAUGGCCGUGUUGACGCCAUGCAGGGUCCAUUGCUGCUUGAAAAGCUUACUCGCACGGUCCAAGCACCGACCAAGGUCGAUAAAUUUGCGACAUUGUCCUCACGAUUCAAGAAGACGUAA